CUUCAGUGAGACACUCAGAGGGAUUUAGCUCUCCUUUUGAAGUCUGUUCAUCUUCAGUUCACUUCUGCUCUCAAGACUCAACAGCCACCAUGUCAAGGAAGACACUGUCAGUUUCAGGCUACAGCACCAGGUCCUCCAGCAGGUCUUUAGCACCAACCAGCAGCUACACCAAGAGAGUCAGCUAUGGUGUUGGUUCUGGAAUGGGUGGAAUGGGUGGAAUGAGUGGAGGUUCCAGUUUUGGCUAUGGCAGUGGUGCUAGUAUGGGUGGUGGCGGUUCUGGUUAUUUCAGUUCGAGCUCAUCGUCAGGUGGCUUCAUUGGUGCACCGAUCACAGCUGUCCAAGUGAACCAGAGCCUACUGGCCCCACUGAACCUGGAGAUUGACCCCAGCAUCCAGGCUGUCCGCACCCAGGAGAAGGAGCAGAUCAAGACCCUCAACAACCGCUUUGCUUCCUUCAUCGACAAGGUCCGUUUCCUGGAACAGCAGAACAAGAUGCUGGAGACCAAAUGGAGCCUCCUGCAGGGCCAGACCACCACCCGCUCCAACAUCGAGGGCAUGUUCGAGGCCUACAUUGCAAACCUGCGCAGGCAGCUCGAUGGGCUUGGCAACGAGAAAGUCAAGCUGGAGGGUGAACUCAGGAACAUGCAGGGUCUGGUUGAGGACUUCAAGAGGAAGUACGAGGAUGAAAUCAACAAACGUGCAGCUGCAGAGAACGAGUUUGUUCUCCUGAAGAAGGAUGUUGAUGCUGCCUACAUGAACAAGGUCGAGCUGGAGGCCAAGGCUGAUGCUCUUCAGGAUGAGAUCAACUUCCUCAGGGCCGUCUAUGAGGCUGAGCUUCGUGAGCUGCAAGGCCAGAUCAAGGACACCUCUGUCAUUGUGGAGAUGGACAACAGCCGUAGCCUUGACAUGGACUCCAUUGUCGCUGAAGUUCGUGCUCAGUAUGAGGACAUUGCCAACAAGAGCAAGGCAGAAGCAGAGGGCUGGUACAAACAGAAGUACGAGGAGAUGCAGACCUCAGCCGGAUCAUAUGGUGAGGACCUGCGCACAACCAAAGCUGAGAUUGCUGAACUUAACCGCAUGAUCGCCCGUCUCCAGAAUGAAAUUGAGGCAGUCAAAGGACAGAGGGUGAACCUUGAGGCUCAGAUCGCAGAGGCUGAGGAGCGCGGUGAGCUGGCAGUGAAGGACGCCAAGCUCCGCAUCAGGGACCUGGAGGAUGCUCUGCAGAGAGCCAAGCAGGACAUGGCCCGGCAAGUGCGCGAAUACCAGGAGCUGAUGAACGUCAAACUGGCUCUGGAUAUUGAAAUUGCCACAUACAGGAAACUGCUGGAGGGAGAGGAGAGCAGACUUGCCAGCGGUUCCAGUGCAACCAUUCAUGUGCAGCAGUCCUCCGGAGGCGGUGGAUACGGCAUCUCCAGCGGCGGCGGCGGCGGCGGCGGAUAUGUCUAUGGUGGCAACAUGUCUGGUUAUGGCAGUACGAGCGGUGGCACUAUCACCAAGUCCGUUGUCACAUCAAGCAGCAGCAGCAGACGCAACUUUUAAAAGGAGAGCUGUCCCUCUUCCCCUUCAGAACCUUUUGAAAUUCAGGGUGCUAUGCAAUAUUGUUAAUACUGUUCAUCAAGAAAAAGAACCAAAAAUGUUUUUGUAAAAUGUCUGCCACCAUGGUUCAAGUAUCACUGGCUGUAUUUUUGACUACACACUUCAGCAUGAAUUGACAAAAGUAUCUGAAGGAUAACAAGGCCCUAAACAUACAAUGGGCAGGUCAGUUAGCGAGACAAAGAUAGUUGUCUUUCUGCACUGACAUCCAACAAAUAAGAAAAAAAGCAAUGGAGCAUUAACACAAAGCAAGGAAAUUAUAGAAUAUAAACUGUAUUAGACUGUUAAUGUGCUCUGAAAUUAGAUCUCAGAGCUGAGAUGGACAGACCAAUUUUUGUAUACCUGUUCAUAAAUCCUACAUAUCUGUUUUAGUAAAAAAAGAUCAAGUCACUGACCAAAUCUUAUAACUACAGAGUACAAGAAUUAUACAUUUGAGUAAUGUUACAUGUUUACAUUUAAACCUUGAGUUGAUUGGUCACUGGCUAGUUCUGUUUUACAAUUCUGUCAAAUGUUUCCCUGCUUUGUUUUGCCACUCCUUGCCUUCGUUGAAACCAGAUUUAUUUUGUAAAAGCCUUGACAGCAAUGUGACCAAUGCAUAAAUGUUGCAGCAGCUGGCAUCAAAUGAACCUGAAUGAAAUAAAUCUGAGAACUAAAAUGA